CUUGCGCGGGAGCGGGGCAGGAAGCGGAAGUGGUGUUGGUGUUGGUGCCUGUGGUGGAGCUGCUCUGGCCGUCCCGCCCCGCGGAUGGGCGGGAGCGGCGGCGGAGGAGGAGGCGGCGGCGGAGGCGAGGAAGGCGACGGAGGCGUCGGGCGCGCGGCGGAGGCGGCGGGGGCGGGGCCUUGAGGCCGGGGCCUCCCCCUCGCCCCCCCGCGAGAUGCCCCGCCGGAAGCAGCGCCACCCGCAGCCCGUCAAAGCGGAGCCCGCCGGGGCCGGGGCCGGGGCUGGAGCCGGGGCCGCCGUGGGCCCCUCGGAAGAAGGCCCCGAGCAGCGCGGGAGACUCCUCCUGAAGGACGAGGACGAAGGAGAGGAAGAAGAAGAGGAAGAAGAAGGAGACGAGGAAGAGGAGGAGGAGGAGGAAGAAGAAGAAGAAGAAGAAGAAGAUGGCGGCGCUGCCGAGGAAGAGGAAGAAGAAGAAGCAGCAGGAGGAGGAGGAGGAGGAGGAGGCGCGCCCACGAUCCCCGCCUUCCACAAGCAGGAGGAGGACGAGGAAGAAGACUCCUUUGGGAUGGCGCCCAGGCUCCCUGCCCACUACGCCAGCGCCCUGAGCGAGGAAGAGGAGGACGAAGAGGAGGAGGAGGCUGCGCUGGCGUUCCGCGCACUGUGCCAGGCCCAGCAGGAGGAGGACGAAGAGGAGGCGGAGGGCGGAGGGGUCCGGCGCCCGGGCUCCGGGCCCCCCCCCUGCCGGCACUGCGGCCUCUCCCCCUCGGGGCCGGGCCCCUGCUGCCCCUCGGCGGACCUCCUGCGCGGCGGCGGGGAGGGGGCGCUGCCGGGGGGCCGGGUGGUCUUCUCGUGCCAGCUGUGCCCCUUCGCCUCGCACUACUCCAGCCACCUGAAGCGGCACAUGAAGACCCACAACGGGGAGAAGCCCUUCCGCUGCCCGCACUGCCCCUACGCCUCGGCCCAGCUGGUCAACCUGACGCGGCACCUGCGCACCCACACCGGGGAGAAGCCCUACCGCUGCCCCUCCUGCCCCUUCGCCUGCAGCAGCCUCGGCAACCUCAAGCGCCACCAGCGCGUCCACGCCCCCGGGCAGGAGCAGCAGCAGCAGCAGCAGCAGCAACGCGGGCCCCUCCGCUGCACCGUCUGCAACUGCCGCUGCCUCCAGGCCGGGCCCCUCCAGGCCCCCGCCGUCCUGGCCGCCUCGGGGCAGGGUCAGGGGGCCGAGGCCGGCAGGGUCGCGGAGCAGCAGGAGGCAGAGCCCCCUCUGCUGCCGCCACCCCCGCAGCCCCCGGUGCUGCCCCAGCCCCUGCCCUCGGUGCUGCUGCCGGGCUCGGCUGUCUUCCUGCGCCCGGAGGACGCUGCGGCGGCUGCGGCGGUGCUGCCGGAGCUGCUCUUCCCGUUCACGUGCCGCAUGUGCGGCCUGGCGCUGGAGGCGGACGACGGCCUGGUGGGCCCGGUGUGCGGGCGCUGCAGCCUGGCGGUGCUGGGGGCCUCGGAGCCGGGCUCCCCGCCGGCCAGCAAGGGCUUCUCCUGCCAGCUGUGCCCCUUUGUGACCACCUACCCCAACCACCUGGCGCGGCACAUGAAGACGCACAGCGGGGAGAAGCCCUUUGCCUGCGCCCUCUGCCCCUACGCCUCGGCCCACCUGGACAACCUCAAGCGCCACCAGCGCGUCCACACCGGGGAGAAGCCCUACAAGUGCCCACUCUGCCCCUACGCCUGCGGGAACCUGGCCAACCUCAAGCGCCACGGCCGCAUCCACUCGGGGGACAAGCCCUUCCGCUGCCGCCUCUGCGCCUACUCCUGCAACCAGAGCAUGAACCUCAAGCGCCACAUGCUGCGCCACACCGGCGAGAAGCCCUUCCAGUGCCGCAUCUGCCCCUACACCACCGGCCACUGGGACAACUACAAGCGGCACCAGAAGGUCCACGGCCAGGGCGGGCCCCCCGAGGAGCGGCCCCGCGCAGACCGCAGCCGGCCCUGACGGCACCGGACCCCCGCCUCCGCCCGGGGCCCAGGCCUUGGGAGGGGGGAGGAGGCAGGACUUGGGGGGCCGGGCGCUCAGGGGAAGGAAGGGGCUGCUCCUUUGGGGACCCCGGGCGCCCUUCUGCCGCCUCCUCCUCUGUCCUUAACUGUGGUUGCUGCUUCGGUCUGUGUAAUUUAUAUGGUGUAUUCAUGCAUUAAACUGUUUUCUUAUCUUGCUUUA